GUGACAGGGAUGGCGUAUUUUCUUGCACCGAGUAAUGCGGCGUCGCUGGCCUCUAAGGAGGGCGGAGAUUUCUGUGGUGAAGUAGGGGGAGGGCUCCAAGGAGGCCUCGGGGAGAGCCGGGAUCUGAACUAUAAAGAGAGAAGUUGAUGUGGGCGCUGCUAGUCUUGGACCGGCGGCUUGAAGUCUGAGAUCAUCGUGGAACCGUCAGCUUUGAAAUUUAUAAAAUAUGGAGAAGACUCAAGAGAAAGCUGAAAGAAUUCUUCUAGAGCCCUAUAGGUACUUACUUCAAUUACCAGGUAAACAGGUGAGAACCAAACUUUCACAGGCAUUUAAUCACUGGCUGAAAGUUCCAGAAGACAAACUGCAGAUUAUCAUUGAAGUAACUGAAAUGUUGCAUAAUGCCAGCUUACUCAUUGAUGAUAUUGAAGAUAACUCAAAGCUCCGACGUGGUUUUCCAGUGGCACACAGCAUCUACGGAAUCCCUUCUGUCAUCAAUUCUGCCAAUUACGUCUACUUCCUCGGCCUAGAGAAAGUCUUAACACUGGAUCACCCGGAUGCUGUGAAGCUUUUCACACGCCAGCUUUUGGAACUCCAUCAGGGACAAGGCCUAGAUAUUUACUGGAGGGACACCUACACCUGUCCCACUGAGGAAGAGUACAAAGCCAUGGUGUUGCAGAAGACAGGUGGAUUGUUUGGACUAGCAGUAGGUCUCAUGCAGUUGUUUUCUGAUUACAAAGAAGAUUUAAAGCCACUGCUUGACACACUUGGGCUUUUCUUCCAGAUUAGAGAUGAUUAUGCCAAUCUGCACUCCAAAGAAUACAGUGAAAACAAGAGCUUCUGUGAAGACCUGACGGAAGGGAAAUUCUCCUUCCCCACUAUUCACGCCAUCUGGUCACGGCCAGAAAGCACCCAGGUACAGAACAUCCUGCGCCAAAGAACAGAGAAUAUAGAUAUUAAAAAAUACUGUGUGCAGUACCUGGAAGACGUAGGUUCUUUUGAAUAUACUCGAUACACUCUUAGAGAGCUUGAAGCAAAAGCCUACAAACAAAUCGAGGCCUGUGGUGGAAACCCUGCACUAGUGGCUUUAGUGAAGCAUUUAAGUAAGAUGUUCACAGAGGAAAAUGAAUAAUGGUUGCCAUUCUUCCUUAGACUCAUAGCUUCUUCCAGUUGAAAACGGGGAGAGGCUUCCUAUUUAUCUUUUUAAGUACUAGUCUCCAAAAGGAGUAAAUGAGGGUGAAAUUGUCAGAAUCCCUUUGCAUAAGAACACAAACUUAAGGGCUGGAGGGAUGGCUCAGUGGUUAAGAGACUGCUCUUCCGCAGGACCCAGGCUUAAUUUCCAGUGCCCACAUAGUUCAUCACCAUUUGUAACCCCAGUUUCAAUGAUCUGAUGGCCUCUUCUGGCCUUUGCCAGCAGCAGGCAUGCACGUAAUACACAGACAUACAUGUAACCAAAACAUACAUAUAAGAUAGAUUAUUUUUUAAUUUUUUAAAAACGCAAAAUUGAAAUUAUCAGGUGCCACAAACACGGGCCUUAGAAAUGUCAUACGCUAAAUGUGACCAACUGUCCCUACUACCACACGUGUGUUUUGGGUUUGUGAAUAAAAAGGACUUAAUCUU